UCAUCGCCCUGAAAUAAACAAAAAGGGAGGAGUCUUGCUUAUCUCGUUGCUCGUAGUGAAUUUUAAUAAAUACCGUGGCAAUUAUAAUUAGAACUUGCAUGAUACUACAGGAUAAGACUCAGGAGCUGACGACAGAUAUAUUGAACUCAUUUCUUCGGCGCAUUAGUGAAUUCAAGCCGAGAACUGGUAAAAAAAUUACAAUUUAAAUUAAGAUGAGGUUGUGAAUGAUAAUCCAAAACAAGAAUCAUGGCUGAAGUUAUUGACCUUUCUGAUGAUGAUAUUUUGGUGGAUGAGGUGGCUGUGAGUAAAGUCGUACCUCCUACACUAAAGAGACCCUUCAGAUGCCUGAAUUCUGAUUGUCGUUCUGAGAAAGAUUUAGUUCGGGCAGACAAAUACAUCCGCAGAUUUUUUGGGGUCUUGUCAUAUCCAAAAAAGAAGCGAGUAUGCUCCAGCUGCAGUAUAGAAGCCAGAAAUCAGCAAGACUCUCUGAUUGACACAUUAAGAUCAGGACGGCUUUUGUUGGCUGAAAAACUUCCACCUCCAAGGGAGACUGUGGUGCUCACAGACUCUGACUCUGAUCCAUCUGACAAUGAAAAACUUAGUGAUGAUUCAGAUUAUGAGUUUGUCAGUGAAGAUGGAAAGAAUCUUGAAGAGACAAUUGCCGACAUCACCAAAGAACUUAGCCUGGAUAUGCAGAUAACAGAUGGCAUGAAACACCUCGAAGAGCGAUUCCUGGCAUUAGAAGAGGGUUUUGAUAAACAAAAAGAAGAAUAUGAAAAUAUUGAGUCUCACCUUGAUAAUUUGCGCAAAGACUUCUAUAAUAGUUUCCGGCCAGAGAUUAUGUGGCAGAAGGCUCUUGAUAUUGGUCCUUCUGGUGCAGUGGUCCACCAAGAACUGUUUGAAGUGAUAGCCGAACCUUCCGUCCCUGUACCCGCUCAUAAUCUGCCACCUGUGGGCCCAUUAGUGCGCACUGAGUUGAAGCCAAAUGAGCUCGUUUAUUCAAUGAGGCACUCACUCUUCGCUCGCUGGGCUCAAGCACAAAUCAUUGAAGUGGUGAAACGUGAGCCAAAGAAUACUAGCUACAAAAUUCGUUACAAUCGCAAUGCCAAAAGUUCAUGCCAGACUGCCAUCAUGACAGGACGUCAGUUGGCAUACUAUGCCUCGUGUCCAACUCGUAUCCCCGUCGGCACGCGUGUUAUAGCAAAGUAUAGAGAUGAUGAUCCAAAGAAUACCACCAUCUCUGGUGCUUUCUAUGUUGGAAUUGUAGCAGAGAUUCCAACAGCAGCAAAUAAAUACAGGUAUCUCAUUUUCUUUGAUGAUGGUUAUGCCCAGUAUGUCCUUCAUGGUGAUAUACGGGUAAUGACUGAGGCCUCAUCAUGCCCCUGGGAGGAUGUAUCUUCAGACUCAAAAGAAUUCAUCAAGGAUUACCUGCAAAUGUAUCCAGAAAGACCCAUGGUGCGCCUCCAGAAAAGCAACUAUGUCAAAACAGAAUGCAAUGGAAGAUGGUGGAAAGCUCUGGUCAAAGAGGUGGAUGGGUCUCUAGUGAAGAUGUUUUUCCCAAUGGAUGGAAGAUCCGAAUGGAUUUACAGGGGAUCCACUCGUCUCAGCCCACUCUUCAACAAGAAGAUGAACAGUCAAGCACAGACAAAACAGCCACAGAAGACUAUACGACGUCGUACAGUGGCUGUACCUGGAACAGCAGUUGUGGAGUAUGGAACAUUUGGCCAGGGCUUAGAUCCCGAGGCCACAGCUCCUGGUAAGGAGGCUCUUGUACUCAUUGGUUAUGAUAACAACAAGACAGAAACAGGAGAACGUCGGGCUGUAGCAAGAAAGAGUACUAUGUCACGUGCAGGUACUCCACCUCGAGAAGUUCAACAAAGAAUUGAACAGGAAUCUAAAGGUUUUACUAAAAAACAUACUCUUCAUGAGGAAACCAUAAAGUUCACAAGACAUAUCUGUACGAAUAAGUGCUUGGGGAAGGGUGAUAACAUGUCUGAUCAUAAAGGGUUGUCACCACUCUUAUAUCCUAUGAUGUUUGGUUGGUACAGACAUAUUGUGAAACAGCGUCGUAGAACAAUGGGACGCAACGAAGUUUAUUAUGUAGCUCCGUGUGGUAGACGACUGCGCAGUGUAGAAGAAGUCUUCCGCUAUCUCCUUGAGACUGAAUCCAAUCUUGAGAUUGACUGUUUCUCCUUUGAAUUGGCAGUGGACACCUCUCAUGAGUGGGAGCCGUUCAAAAAGAUUGUCAAUAUUGAUGAUGUAUCCGGUAGAGAUGAAAAUGUACAGAUCUCAUGCGUCAAUUCCUUGGACGAUACCGCUCCUCAGCCUCUAGUGUACAGCAAUGUUCGAAUUCCAACAGAACAUGUGCCACUCAACCUAGAUCCAAACUUCUUAGUCUGCUGCGACUGUAUAGAUGAUUGCCAGGACAAAUCAAAGUGCCCUUGUUGGCAGUUGACAAUCCAAGGAACCCGUAUUUUGGAUCGCUCCGAGAACCCCAAUACAGGUUAUCAUUACCGCAGAUUGUCUGAACAAGUACAAAGCGGUAUUUAUGAAUGCAAUUCUAGAUGUAAGUGCAGCAACAUGUGCUUAAAUCGUGUCGUGCAACACCGACUAAGACUCAAGUUGCAGCUCUUCAAAACUGCACGUCGAGGUUGGGGCGUUCGAACUUUACACGACAUUCCUAGAGGAGGAUUCAUCUGCGUUUAUGUGGGCAAGAUGCUGAAUGAGACUAUUGCUAAUGAGGAAGGCAAGAUGAUAGUGGGCGGAGAUGACUACUAUGCUGAGCUGGAUUAUAUCGAAGUCAUGGAAAAUGCGAAAGAAGGAUAUGAGGAAGAAGUAGAGAAUAUUGAGGAAGAAUCUAGCAAGCUCUCCGUAGAAGGAAGUGCAAUUGCUGGCUCAGAUUCCACAGACAGCGAUGGUUUCUAUAGUGAAAAUGAAGUAGAUGACACAAAAGAUGAUCGCGACUUCAGCCAUCCGACAUAUAUGAAAAAGGUGGGACUAACCAAAAGAGAAAAAUCUGCUCGCCUUCAGGAACGCUCAUCGCGCAAUAACUUCCUAAAGAAAGGAAAAGUGUCUCCAAAAUCAGAAAGUAAAGAUGGAAGUGGAUCAGGAUCUGCUCCUGCAUCAGAUGAUGAAGCAUCCAAGUCAUCACAGCCUGAAAAACCAAAGGAAACAGAACCAAAGGAGGAUUCAAAAUCCGAAGAAGCUGCUGAUGAUUUUGAUGAUGACGAUGAAGCAGAUGAGAAGCAACGCCGUCCACAAACCUUCGCCCCAAGUCAGUUAUUGGCUACGCCUCCAAAGCAGAGAGCAAACAAGAGUGUGAGAGAGUAUUUUGGAAAAGACGAAGCAGUAUACAUCAUGGAUGCCAAACACACAGGCAACAUAGGCCGAUUCUUGAAUCACUCGUGUGAACCAAACGUCUUCGUCCAGAAUGUUUUUGUUGACACUCAUGACCUAAGGUUCCCAUGGGUGGCAUUCUUUGCGAUCAGCAACAUCCGUGCAGGCACUGAACUCACAUGGGACUACAGCUAUGAAGUGGGCAGUGUACCGGGCAAGACUAAGUACUGCUACUGUGGUGCCAGAAAAUGCCGAGGGAGGUUGUUGUAGAUUGUAGUUUACUUCAUGGUUUACAAGGAUAAUUCCAAGUCAUAGUAGUAUUUAAAACUAGGUAUAUAAGUAUCAUUUUAACUUUAAAUAUGAUGCACAAGUUAAAAGCAAUUAAUCUUUAUUUUACAAUUAAUAUGGGAAUUUUGUUUUUAUUGCCAACCCACUGCUUCAUAUCUCACUUCACAAAUAAUCAGUAUCAUUAUCUUUGUCCCACUGACAUUGAUUUACAGUUAGGCUGUCUUGUAUAUUCCUCAAUGUUUUCAAACCACAAUCUAUGGUCAUUGCAUUGUAUAAGGAUGAGUCUUAUCAGAGUAAAAGAUAAAGUUCCCAUAUCUGUUAUCUUCAAGCCCUUGGUAAGUGACUUCUUGAAUAUUCAAUACACUUGUAAAUCAUUAGACUAAAUAUAUGUUUGAAUUUUAAAAUCUAUUUUUUGUUGUUACCCUUUUUUGGAGUGUGUGUGGGGGGCAGCAUUAAUAUUACAUGAUUCACUUGGAAUACUUGAGUAAAGGAACAAAAAAAAACAUUAAAUAUUUGAAAAAUCAACCAAAUGCACUGUUAUUCUUACUGUAAUCCAGUUAUUAUUCUCUUCAUUAUGACAUUCUCUUACCUGAGCAUUAAACUUUAUAUAAUGAUCUGAUGGGCUGCUUUGUAGGAACUUUACAACGUCACUCUCUUACUGAUACAAAGUACACAAGCAUACUUAGAAUUUAACACUUUAAAUAUCUAAUAAAUGACAAAAAUAUUUCAUGUGAAACUGUCAAGGAAAAUGUGAAUAAUAGCCAAGGGAAAAAUAAAUUUUUCAGGUAAAAACAUUUUUGAGUGGUACAUUUUAUUCGAAAUUCACACGUGUAUAAAACGAGUCAAUAUAUUACUUAAAUUAAUUACUUAACACUAAUGAUUUCUGUAGGUUUAAAUAUAAAUGUCAUGAAUAUCAACAGUAAAUGAAGUGUUACUAUCAAUUAAAUAUGCUUGGGAAUUCAUAAAAUAAUACUGGUUGAUAGUCCUUUAUAAUAAUCAGAAGACACAUUUUGUUCCAGCAAUUGUGUAUUUUUUUUUUUUUUUUUUUUUUUUUUUUUUACAUAAAGGCAACAAAAUCACUUGAUAUAUCUGUAAAUU